AUUCAUAUCACACACAACCGGAAAUCGGGAGACGCGUUGGAGGAUUUGCUUUGGUGAAUGUAAGACUGAGCUGUAUUGCUGAAUAAAUACACAAGUUGGCAAUUUAUUAAUCUGUGAUUUUAAACACUCAUGCCGAAGUUAUGAAGCCAGCAAUCGAUGAAAUGUUUCCUGAGGGAGCCGGUCCGUAUGUCGAUCUCGAUGAGGCAGGUGGCAGCAGUGGACUGCUGAUGGACCUGGCAGCCAAUGAGAAGGCAGUGCAUUCAGACUUUUUCAAUGAUUUUGAGGAUCUAUUUGAUGACGAUGAUAUUCAGUGAUGAAAAGGACAAAUAGGAUGGAUUUCAUGAUUGUAUAAAAUUUUCAUUGUUGUACAUGGAAUUUGUUUUAUCUUGUGAUGCUAUAUUGUGAACUUUUCAGUUUUGUUCGUCAAUAAACUUUUGUGAAAUAAUGAGUCUUCCUCGUGCCAGAUGUUUCUACAUUUAAAAAAAUCCCAGACAUUCCAAGUCAAAAGUUGGAAUUAUUGUAAAUGUUUUUCUUCCCUAGGCUGAAAUCUGUUUCUAGUCUUGAUUGUAGGUUUUUGCACAUUCCCGAACACCUGUAAGGGGGCGUAAUUACAUGUGCGAUCCACUGUUAACAUAAAGACAGAUGUUUUAGACUCAUCUCUGGCAUUGACAAAAAAAUUUUUUUUUUAAUUAUAUAUAUAUAUAUAUAUUUCUGAACUGACAACAUAAUCACUGUAUCUGUUACAAUCACAAUUAAACAAGCCGUGCAUU